CAAAUUACUAGAACUGUGAGAGGAGAGAAGGAAGCUGCUUCCCAUAAAUUUUCAAUUCAUCCGUAUUCUUCGAUCUGACGAUUAAAUUAUAUCAUCAAGGGUUUCAAUGGGGAAGACCAAUAAUAAGAGAAAGAAGCUAGUUGAUGACGACGAAAACCACAAAAAAAUCCUAAACGGAUCUGCUGAUAAGAAAGAGCCAAGCUCGGUGGAGGAAGCUCCAUAUGUAAUUGUAGUCCAUGGACCUCCAAAGGUUGGGAAAUCUUUGUUGAUUAAGUCUCUAAUAAAGCAUUAUACAGAUCAAAAUCUUGACAAGAUACAAGGCCCCAUUACGGUACUAACAGGUAACCGGAGACGGAUACAGUUUGUGGAGUGUCCUAAUAAUAUGAAUGGCAUGAUAGAUGCUGCAAAGUAUGCAGAUGCUGUGAUAUUGCUCAUUGAUGCAAAUUAUGGGUUUGAAAUGGAAACAUUCGAGUUCCUUAACCUCUUACAAGUUCAUGGCAUGCCAGAGGUUAUGGGGGUGCUUACAUAUCUUGAUGAGCUAGAAGAUGCAGAAACACGUAAAGAUCGGAUCAUGGAGGAUUUCAGGGCUAAUAUACAUGAAGGAGCAAAUAUAUUCUGCUUGUCUUUCCUUCAAGGGAUGUAUCAGAAGGAUGAAAUUUACGAACUGGCAAACUUCCUAUCGGUUAUGGAAUUUCAUACUUCGUCACGGCGAGCUGCGCACCCUUAUUUCCUGGUAGAUCAUUUUGAGGAUGUCACUUCUCCAGCAAACGUGGAUAUGGAUAUAAAAUGCAAGAGAGACAUAAUUUUGUAUGGUUAUCUUCGAGGUUGUGAUAUCAAGAAAGGAACUAAGGUACAUAUUGCUGGUGUUGGUGAUUACCCUUUAGCUGAUGUUGCACUCUCAUCUGACCCUUUCCGUUUACCGCCUGUUGACGGCAAUGAUAAGCAGAUGCAGAUUAAUAUAGAAGAACCACACUUGGAGAUUGAAUGUUUCAGAAGAGGGACUUACCUAAGGUUUGGGGUUCUUGGCGUUCCUUUUGAGAUGGUUACCAAUCACAAUCCCUGUCAGCCUAUUCUCGUUGGAGGUAUCAGUCGUGCAGAAGAUAAUGUGGGACAUAUGCAGGUGAGACUUAUUCAGCACAGUUGGCAUAUGAAUAUGUUGAAUACAAAAGAUCCUAUCAUUGUUUCAGUUGGUUGGAGAAGGUACCAGACAACACCUAUCUAUUACCAAGUCUCCUAUAGACAGCACAAAAUGCUCGCAUUUACCCCUGUGGGUGAACCCUGCCUUGCAACCUUUUGGGGCCCUCUCGCGCCUCCCAGUGCUAGAGUUGUUGCUGUACGGAGUUUGGCUGACAACAAGGCACCAUUUCGGAUUCUAGCAACAGCUGAUGUACUCAAAUUUAACCGCACUGCGAAGAUAGUUGAGAGAAUCAAGCGGAUUGGAACUCCAUGCUUGAUUUUGAACGAGACUGCUCUUAUCAAGGACAUGUUUACAUCAGAUGAUGAAGUCCAUCGGUUUAAAGAUGUCAAAAUUAAAACUGCGAUGGAAUUCGGGGGAAGGUUAACGAGGCUGCAGCAAAAUCAGAGCUCCCUAUUAGAGAGCGAUGGAAUGAUGGUCAACCUAGAGAAGGGAUUGCAAAGUGCACAUUUGAUUGCAGAAUUUGUAUGAGUGAUACCAUUCACUUGUGUGAGUGGACGCAAGUUGAGGUUCCUCGCAUCUUCAACCCACUAACGACUCUCCUGGAACCCAGCAAUGUUGUUUGGCAGGAUUCAGUCGAUGAGAGGCAAAAGAAGCUGAACGAAUCCGCGGAAAGUAAAGCACAUGUAUUGGUGAUAGAGGAGAAAAACAUAGCAAGAGAGAAUGUGGGGAAAAGGUUUAUAGAUAUUUAUGGCGAGAAGCUCAAGGAAGGUCCAGCACAGAAGCGGCAGACAGUUGAACAACGGCGCGCAGUGAUCAUUGUCCACCCGAAGCCGUCUGGUUGGGAUUCUGACUGGCGUACGCAGUGGGUG